CUCAGUUUUCUUUACUUCUCAUUGAGUUUCAAUAAAAAAGAAGCAAAUGUGUUCUCAGUCAGCAGUUGUAUCAAAUACUCAGGUCCACACAAUUAUUUUUACAGAGAAAAAUUUCAGAUUUCAAUUCAAUUCAGCAAAAUGUCAAUGUCCGAGAGCAAUGUAGAAAUCGUGCCACAUUUACAGCGGAUAUUCCUAUACAUACAGCUGAAGACGAUAGAGAAUCUGCCUACUAUGGAUGGAAAAUUGGAAAUUCAUCUGAGCCAAGCGAAAAACACACUUACUAAACUAGUGGACGUUUACCCAUCAGACAAUAUUAUAGACUUAUCUAUAUUUGAUGAGUAUAAGCCCACAUUUAGUCUAAUGGUUGAACAGGAUAACAUUGACGAUGCGAAUAUAUUAAGUGAUAAUCCAUUAUUAAUAACGCUUUAUAAUCGUAUAAAAGUACGUGUGCCACCGGAUGAACUGUCCGUGCAAACAAGAUCUUCAGAAGACGAAAGAGUAAAGCGAAAGGAGAGUGUUAAAGAAAAUAAAAAACAUGGGAAAAGAACACACAAGAGUAUGGAAAGUAUUAAGAGUAUGAAAAGUAUGAAGAGAGAUCUUGAAGAAGUGAUAGAGGAAGAGGAAAUGGAAAUUGAAAUUGAAGAAACGGAAAUCUAUGAGGAGCAAUUACGUCCAAUUGCACAGGGGCAUAUCGACCUAUUGAAACUUUAUACCAAAAAGCGUGAGCUUGCCACAUUCUACACCAUUUUGUAUCAGAUAUCGAUUACGGAAGAUGCCUUCUCUUCGUGUACUGCGGCUUGGGAAAUUUACGCAUUGUUACCGUUACUUAAAGAAAUGACUUUCCACAACAUGGUACAUGUAUCAUUCGAGUCUAUAUUUAAUGUGAAAUUAAAUCUGAUCGAAAAUGUCGAUUCCUUGGUAGCCGAUUUCUAUUUUGAAUCGAAAAUUCUCAAUGAAAAUAAUGAAUACGAGAAAGUUAAGUUUUGUACAUUUCAACAUUUCAACAAACAACAAGUUACGGCCUCCGAUGUACUGUUAGGUUGGGAAAACUUGAGAAGCCAUGAACCAAACAAUUUCGAUUGCAUUGGCAUCUGUUGCAAUUUUUCCAUUAAUACAUUCCAUAUGUUUCGUCAUAUGGUAUACGAGGAAAACUCAAAGAUCCAUACAAACAAAGUUGAUUUUGAGAAUCUCAUAAUAACAAGCAAUGCAACUCACCGAUUUGUGCUCACCAAAGAAUUCGUACAGAUUUUAGAGGAUAUUAUAGCAUUCGAUGAGCAGCAAAUAUUAAUUGAACUGUACCACAAUGAUAAGCCAGAAGAAAUAAUUGUUAAGGGACAUAUUGAUCCUUCAAUCUUACUUUAUCCAGAAGUUACCUCUAAAAGGUUUGCAGUGGAGCUGUCCCCCACCGUCACCAGACAGACCGUUAAACAGUCCGUGAAACCGACUUCCACCAAGUUUAGUACGAUUCAGAUGCUUGAAGAGCCUACUUUUGCCAUUAUUUCCAUUUGUUUCUCAACACCGCUGACGGAAUCCUCCAUACUUACUAAUUUGCAGGAUAGUGUGUUUCCAAAGCUUCAGUCAAAGACCCAUGAAAAUAUAAGUUCACGCAUGGCAGCGCAUUACACUUUCGAGAAAGAAAUAAAAAAAUUAAUUCUGUAUAUCGUGAAAAAUGAUAUAAAGAAGCUAGAAGAUGCCAAACAGGUGCUAUGUUGUCAAAAGGAAAAUUUAACCAAUGUGAUGUUUAAGCUUAUAUCCAGUGAUUUUAAUAUACAAAAGCCAACAAAGGACAGCAUAGAGUUUCAUAACCUCAUGACAAUGGUUUAUAAAGAUUCCGUCCAGUCCACCUGCGAUAUUUUGAAAAAAUUAGGAAACCAUGCGUCAACGUUUACUUAUAAUCAAACAGAAAAUGACGACAGAAUCCUUAAAUACCUUUCGAUUGCUCAGUAUUUGUCUGUGCUUGGUGAUGAACAUUUCGCUAAAAUCCUAUGUGACAAGGCUGAAAAAUUGGCAGCGGGAGAUACUAUUUUCUCAUUUUUCAAACUUGUAAUGUUAGUGGAAAAGAAAGAUUUUGAAAACGCAAAGAAAUAUUAUUCACUCCCGAGUAAUGAACAAUUUGAGCUGGGUAAACAAUUUUCCGAACUGAUUAAAAUAUAUAUAAACUAUGUGGAAACUUUGGCAAAUGAGACGACAUUUAAUGAAGCCAUGGAAAACUUAAUCGUCAGUCUUCGGGAAAUUACUGUUGAUUUUCCAAACGACAUCUGCUUCUGGGUUUUGCUGCAUAGUAUUUUUAAAUAUUGUGCUUAUUUGCCAGGCAUGAACUACACACGUUGGAAAUAUGAGCAACUAGACUCUGAAGUGGAUCUUAAAAUUCCCCUGACACCAACGACACGCUUUGCGUUGAUGAAUUCAUAUGAAAUAAAGGAACCAGUAAUGCCAAGGGAGUCAUUAUUUAUUAAAGUGUUUACGAUCCUGACCAGUUUGGGACUGUACAAAUUCGCCGUAUUCGUGUUUAAAGAGUUCGAAAAGUUAUGUAGUCCAUUUGAACAGUACCUUACACACACCGCAUUGAAGAUACUCGCAAGCGAAGUCCUUACUAACUAUCAGUCGAAAACAUUUCCAGUUACCAAAAACAAAAGCCACUGGGAACAAGCAAUGGAAAAGUAUUACAUAAUAAACAUCAACGGUCAUCUGGAGUACAGCCGCGGCGCUGUGGACUUAGCAAUGCAAAAUUAUUUGCAAAUUUUAAUGAACGACAAUGAAAUGCCCCACGAGUACUAUUCGUUGGCUUUGUUACGUUACGGCUUCCACAUGAUGAAGAUCGGAAAUUAUCAAGAGGCCUUGGAGGCUUUUCUAAAAUGCGAAAACAGUGACAUAAAUCUUAUUGCCAAAUUUGGCAUGGGAAAAGCUUUAUUUAAAAUGAAAAGGUUGGAUGAAGCGGAACGCGAACUGGCCAUUUGCACAACGUUUAAAGUGCACAUACCGGAUGUGUGGGGUUAUCUAGCUUUAAUUAACCUACUAUUGAAAAGAAACUUCAAAGCUCUCGAAUUUUGGAAAUAUGCCAAAAUACACCCAAAUGUUGAAUUCAGCAAAGACCUUCAAGAGGACUUAGGAAAGGUUGACAUUUCCGAUGUUGUGCUCUAUAUUGAUAAACCUCCUGUAGUUCCAUGCAUGACGUCAAUGCCCUAGGAGUUUCCAUUUUCGUUUCUUUUUUCAUUGCAUUGUUAAUGUAUUUAUAUAUUGACAUAAUAAUAAUAUUUACAUAUUCAUUUAAAAAGAAUGCCUUUACAACGGCUUAAAUUAGAAAAAAAUAAUCAAUUGUAAACUUCAUUUGAACGACAUUUCCAAUGAAAAAACUCACAGAUUUGUGUUUUUCGUAUCAUGAUUUGCAAAUGGAGAAAAUCUCACAUAUUCGAAAAGUAUCAAAAGUCUUCAAACUGUUCUUUUCAAUUCUUCAAACUGUUGGAUGCUACAUAUAAAGGUAGCAGCGGAUCUAUUGCUUUGAAGCGUGGUAUCCUUCAGGUAGCAAAGCGGCGAUACUAGCAAUGUACUCUGUCUACCCUCACUUUCAAAAAUGUCAGUUGAUCUUCACUUCGAUUAUACUAAUUAGGGUGCCUGGCUACAGCGGCAUUCUCAGAGGUUUGAUGUUAUUAGAUAAAAGUGAUACAUUCAGCCUUGAAAUCUAACGCAGAAUCAAUCUUGACAUUGAGUACUGCUACUAUAGACUGAGUAGGCAAUUGAAAAGUAAAGCUCGCUCUCGACGAACAAAAUCCAAACUCUACAAGUCCCUUAUCAUCCCCGUUCUGCUUUAUGAUGCAGAAGGUGGAAGAUGUCAACAUCCGAUGAGACGGCAAUAUGUGAUUUUGAGAGAAAUGUUUUGCCGAAAAUGUAUGGCCCUUUGAACAUUCAAAACGACAACGCAACGCAGACGAUGGAUGGAUGGAUGGUAUCUGUUAUACGACGCCAUUGACAUGUAUGUACAUAUGUGACAUAGGUCAUCGAAUAAAAAGACAGCGGCUACGCUGGCUGAAUCAUGUUGUUCGAAUGAACGAAAACAUAAUACCGCUGAUGGUAGAAGUCGGGGGAAAGUACGACAUCCACUCCUUUGAAAAUUCCAGGUGGAAAAGGCUGCCCUUGGUACAUGAUGAAUUCAUACGCAAUAACUUUUGCCAGGCAGUCUUCUCUUACUACAUGGCUUAUCACCAACACACCGAGGUCACAUUGUGUUAAUACAGCGUUUCUGGACAGUUCAUCGAUACAUUUAAAUCGCUUCAGUUUUAGAUACUCGGAAACGCCCAUUAUAAAACAAAACAAGCAUGUACAUAGCAUGCCAUGCUUGAAAUAUUAAAACGAAAACGUAAAAUAGUAAAUGCCGAUCAUAAUUUCGGUAGAAAAUAUAUUUUAUUAAGUAAAACAUUAUAUAGUACGGUAAACUAAGCGAAAUGGCGGGAGGUUCACAUUAUAGAAUAAAAAUGGUUAGUAUCCUUAGCGACAAGGACCUGCUGCGAUAUCAGGAAGCCGUAAAGAAAC